UGUUAGGGGGAGGAUGAGCUGCAUCUCAAUAAUUAGUGAUGGUUUGUGAUGGGUUUCUAAAAGCAUCAAGCAAAGUGAUGUUAAGCCACAUGCCUACCCAACAAACUAAUCCAUUUCUGAGAAAAAUUCUCACUUUUUUUCCUUCAAUGUCCCCACAAUCACACCUCGUGGUCCAGCCUCCCCUUACCUUAUCACGUUCCAGCCCCCAUCUAUUUCAGAAACUUGGUCAUGUCAACCUUUAAUCACACUUCUUUUCUUCGCUUAAAGUAAUUUGAAAGGCCUCUUACACUGCCCCACUGGAUAGAUUCCAAGAAAAAACUCAAUUAAGUGAUCAUCAACUAACUUCCUAACUUGCCAGACCCAUCUCUAUUGAGCCUAUAUGUAUCCCUCUACUCUCUGACUCUGAGCUGUGAGGUCUGUUGUUUUUCUUUUUCUGAGAACUGAAACCUUAAUAUAUGUGACAUGCCAUAGUUAUAAUGUCUUCUGUGCAAUCCAGUCCCUGCUACCCCAUGGAAAACCCAGUGAUGGAAUCCCUGCUCCGCCACAGCCAUCAUAGGUCGGGGGAGAAACGUGGCCGCGGUGGCGGCAAGUUCUCCACCGGCGGGCUGUUAAAAAUGUUCAAGCUCUUCCCUAUGUUGACAUCUGGCUGCAAAAUGGUGGCACUUUUGGGAAGACCACGUAAGCCUAUGAUCAAGGACAAUGCAACUUCAGGCACAAUCUUUGGAUACCGCAAAGGAAGGGUGAGCCUGGCAAUACAAGAGGAUCCUCACUGCUUGCCGUUCUUCUUCAUAGAGCUACCAAUGCACACGAGUGCUCUGAACAAGGAAAUGGCGUCAGACAUAUUGAGAAUCGCAUUGGAGAGCGAGACAAAGACCCCGAAGAAGAAGCUGUUUGAGGAGUUUGUGUGGGCAGUCUAUUGCAAUGGGAGGAAAGUAGGGUACUCCAUAAGGAGGAAGCAGAUGAGUCAAGAUGAGAUGCACGUGAUGCAGCAUUUAAGAGGCGUUUCCAUGGGCGCAGGGGUUAUUCCAAGUCCUUCAGAGAAGGAAAGUCCAGAUGGGGAAUUGACAUAUAUGAGGGCAAGAUUUCAGAGGGUGGUUGGUUCUAAGGACUCUGAAACUCUGUACAUGAUCAACCCGGAUGGUGCCCAAGGCCCAGAGUUCAGUAUUUUCUUUGUUAGAGCUCACUAGGUUGUUGAUUAAAUAAUUACAACUCCAAUUCCUUAGUCUUGUCUUUUUUAUAGUACGGAAAUCCAGGUCAAUUCGCCUGAUUGAAUCAUGAAAUCAUUAAACCAGUGUUUUUGUCGGUUUAAUAAAAUAAUUGGUUUAUGAUCGGUUUGAUAUGAUUCGAUUAUGCUUUUGACUAUUAAUUUUUUAACCAGUGUUUUGACUAGUUCAAUGUUGAAUUUGAAUUUCAGUACCUGCGUCUUUUUCAGGGUGCUGAUAUAGUAUAAUAUUAAUCAAAGGAAUCACGCCCUCCA